UGUGGAUAUCGAUGGCUUAGAUUACCAGGGUUAUAUGCGCGUACGCCAUAAUUUUGUACAAACCUUGUCACUAUCUCAUUCGAGCCGCACAUGUACAGAGAACCUAAGCAAAUAGAAUAAUCGUUGCCAAUUUCGGCAUAAGUCAGCGGUCAUCCGAGUUAUAUAAGGCAAGAGCUUACUACCUGAAUUUUGCUUGAUUUCUUGGUAAGAUUGUAUCAAGAAUCAAACGUCGGAUUGACGAUGAGUGCUACCAAACGCAGCGGAUUCACUUUGACUCCAACGUAGAAGAUGUCUCCUACGAAAACAAAAACUUUCAGCCCGGCUAAACCUAUUCUUCAGUGUAAGGCGAUUGGCUGCCUAUCCACACGUCUUUCUAAUAAAGCCCUUUCUGUAAAUUAUUGUCUUGUCGACGUUGAUCAAGCCGUGAUACCAAAUGCCAUGGCAUCACUCUGUCGUAAAAGGUUUGUGAAGUGAUAUGCAAUAACGAGGAGGAAAAAUUGCUGAAGGCUAGAAUUGGCAUUAUAUUGGCAAUCAUUGUAAAGCGGAAGCUGGAAGAGGCCGAGGGUUCAAGGGUCGUGCUGCUGCGGUGGUUUUCAAAUGUUGGUAGUCUACGGAAGAAACGACGACGACAAGACGAUUAAAACGUACACAUUUUUGAACUGAAAACAGUUCGGUGAGCGACAUGACAUUCAAUUGAAUUGUCUUGCGGACAUAUAUGACACGAUGGUUCCAUCCUUGACAGAUUAGCAGAAGGCCAGUUCGAUGACCUUUUACGACAAAACACGAACUUUAUUAGUGCUUUCUACCUUUAAAUGAAGACUCGCCUACAGCAAGCAGUGACACACGGAUUGGCAGGUUGAGGGCACAGUUCGAUACACAUCUAUGCGUGACAUAUUAAAUGAACAUUCGCUCAGCUUCUCAUAAUGCCGACUUUACUUCUUAUUACCAAAAAAGUCGAAGGAUUCUAAUCGGAAGUCAGAGCCUGGUUCAACCUGAUUCCCAGUCUCUAAACAUUAAGUAGACAGAAAAUUUCGUCU